AUGGACGUCUCCGACGCCUUUCUUCACGGCCAUCUCGAGGAGCAGGUGUUCUGCCAGCAGCCCACGGGUUUCCUCGACAGCGCCCACCCCGACCAUGUGUGCUUGCUCUCGCGCUCGUUAUACGGGCUCAAGCAGGCCCCACACGCCUGGUACCAGCGCAUCGCAGCGUUUCUUCACCAACUCGGCUUCCGCUCUACCCGCUCUGAUGCCUCGCUGUUUGUGUACAACAAUGGUGCCACCACCGCGUACCUGCUGCUCUACGUCGAUGACAUCAUCUUGACGGCCAGCUCCACGGACCUCCUGCGACAAAUCACCGAGCGUCUUCGCGCUGAGUUUGCCCUCAAGGACUUGGGGCCCCUGCACUACUUCCUCGGCAUCGAGGUCGUACGUCGCACCGACGGCUUCUUACUUCAUCAGCGCAAGUACGCCCACGAGCUAAUGGACCGCGCCGGUAUGCUUAAUUGCAAACCCGCGGCCACGCCUGUCGACACGAAGUCCAAGCUCUCCGCCACGGAUGGUUCGUUGGCCACGGAUGCGUCAUUUUAUCGCUCCAUCGUCGGUGCUCCGCAGUAUCUCACCUUGACCCGCCCCGAGCUGCAGUAUGCUGUCCAGCAGGUGUGCCUUCACAUGCAUGCUCCGCGGGAUCCUCAUUGGGCUGCAGUCAAGCGGAUCCUCCGCUACAUUCGUGGCACCAUGGACUUCUGCCUCUCCCUCCACGCUUCCACCGCCACGGACAUCGUCGCCUACUCGGACGCCGAUUGGGCAGGCUGCCCCGACACGCGUCGCUCCACGUCUGGCUACUGCGUCUACUUCGGACCUUCGCUCAUCUCCUGA